AUGAGAGGUUGCACUGUUGCAGUUAAUGCUCGAAUUGGAUAUAUGUGCUCCAUCAGGCAAAACCUCAAUAAAAGUCCUCGUCCAAUACAGCGAGGCCCUCUAUUAUCUGUUGGCAUUUUCAUUGGAGGGCAUGAUAACCCAGAAGUGACGUUUGGGCUUUUCUUAGCCCAUAAGGUGUCACUAAUCCGUGCUGUGACGUACAUGGUGGCACAAUGCUUGGGUGCAAUGUAUGGUGUAGGGCUAGUAAAGGCCUUCCAAAAGUCUUACUAUGUGCAGUAUGAUGGUGGGGUGAACGAGAUCGCCACUGGCUACAGCAAAGGUGUGGGUUUUGCAGCAGAAUUUAUUGAUACUUUCAUCCUUGUCUACACUGUUUUCUUUGUUACUGAUCCCAAGAGAAGUGCCAGGGACUCCCAUGUCCCUAGCGGGUGCAGGAGGAGGAAGAAAAACUGGUGGACAAAAAGGAGUCGCAGCGAUGAAGCAGGGCUUUGGCACUUUCAACGUCAAGAGCUUCAGCGCUAA